AUACCUGGGAGGUCCCGUUUGAGGAGAUCUCAGAGCUGCAGUGGCUGGGCAGUGGUGCGCAAGGAGCCGUCUUCCUGGGCAAAUUCCGGGCAGAGGAGGUGGCCAUCAAGAAAGUGAGAGAUCAGAACGAAACGGAUAUCAAGCACUUGCGGAAACUCAAACAUCCUAACAUCAUUGCGUUCAAGGGAGUUUGCACUCAAGCCCCAUGCUACUGUAUUAUCAUGGAGUACUGUGCACAUGGACAGCUCUACGAAGUCCUGCGAGCGGGGCGGAAAGUCACCCCUCGGCUGCUCGUGGAUUGGUCCACGGGGAUUGCAAGUGGGAUGAAUUAUCUGCACCUCCACAAAAUCAUCCAUCGAGACCUCAAGUCACCAAAUGUUUUAGUUACACACACAGAUGCAGUAAAAAUUUCAGAUUUUGGUACCUCUAAAGAACUCAGUGAUAAAAGUACCAAAAUGUCUUUUGCGGGAACUGUGGCUUGGAUGGCCCCCGAAGUGAUACGCAAUGAGCCUGUCUCUGAAAAGGUGGAUAUCUGGUCGUUUGGGGUAGUUUUGUGGGAACUGCUUACGGGAGAGAUUCCCUACAAGGACGUGGACUCUUCGGCCAUCAUCUGGGGAGUGGGCAGUAACAGCCUGCACCUUCCUGUCCCUUCCACGUGCCCAGAUGGCUUCAAAAUCCUCAUGAAGCAGACCUGGCAAAGCAAGCCCCGGAAUCGUCCCUCCUUCCGGCAGACCCUGAUGCACCUGGAUAUCGCAUCUGCUGACGUGCUGGCUACUCCUCAGGAAACCUAUUUCAAAUCACAGGCUGAAUGGAGAGAAGAAGUGAAGAAACAUUUUGAGAAAAUUAAAAGUGAAGGAACUUGUAUCCACCGGCUAGAUGAAGAAUUGAUUCGUCGUCGAAGAGAAGAGCUGAGACAUGCAUUGGAUAUCCGUGAGCACUAUGAGAGGAAGCUGGAGCGAGCCAAUAACUUAUACAUGGAGCUCAGUGCUAUUAUGCUGCAGCUGGAGGUCCGUGAGAAGGAGCUCAUAAAGAGAGAACAAGCAGUGGAAAAGAAAUACCCUGGGACUUACAAACGCCAUCCAGUCAGACCAAUAAUCCACCCCAAUACAGUGGAGAAGCUGAUGAAGAGGAAAGGGGUCUCCCAUAAACCAGGCAGCCAGACUAAACGGCCCGAUCUCCUGAAGUCAGAGGGCAUACCCAGCACAGAAGCAGCAUCCAAUGGCUCACCAGUCUCAGGAAGUCCCAAAAUGUCAACACUGAGUGGCAAAAGCCGCUACCGCAGUAAGCCACGUCACCGCCGAGGGAACAGCAAAGGCAGCUACAAUGAUUUUGCAGGGAUCUUGAAAAACCAGCCAGUGCAAGAUGAUGCACCCCCACCUCCACCUCAUAAUCAUUCUCCUCAUCCUGGCCUACCGCAGCAACCUGGCCACAGCCAUCCCCACGGCCAUCACUCACGGCUUCAUGCCCACGGACAAGAUAUUGCCAACUGCGCAAACAACUUAAGGUACUUUGGCCCCGCAGCAGCGCUGCGGAGCCCUCUCAGUAACCAUGCGCAGAGGCGGAUGUCUGGUUCCAGCCCCGAUCUCAUCUCUGCUGCCAUGGAAGCAGAUUGCCGAAGGAAUCUGGAGAGCAAAGAAAGCAAAGCUGAUCAUUGGGAGUGUUGCAAAACAGAUCCAUAUAAUUCCUGUCUUCAGUGCAGGGAAGAGGACAGUGGUCAGGUACAAAUGCCGUCUGCUGAAACGGGGAUGAGCCAUUCUCACUCACCAACAUCUGUUUCCCUGUACGAAAAUGCGCAGUUCAUUGAGAAGCCGGAGGAAGACGGCUUCAGCAGCUGUCAGUCAGCGUCCGCCCUCGGCACUCCCCAGCACAUGGCUUCCUCAGUGCUACCUUGCAAAGCAAGACCCCUUCAAAAGAGUGGUGACGACUCUUCAGAAGAGGAAGAGGGCGAAGUAGACAGUGAAGUGGAGUUUCCUCGUAGACAAAGACCUCACCGCUGCAUUAGUAGCUGCCAGUCCUACUCAACCUUCAGCUCAGAGAACUUCUCUGUGUCGGAUGGAGAGGAGGGGAACACGAGCGAUCACUCGAACAGCCCGGAUGAGGUGGCCACCAAGCUGGAAGAUGAGCUGGCUGAGAAGCUGGAGGACAUGUUGUCCCAGACUCCAGAGAUCCCCAUUGAAAUCUCCACCCAGUCUGAUGGGCUUUCAGACAAAGAGUGUGCUGUGCGGAGAGUCAAGACUCAGAUGUCUCUGGGCAAACUUUGUGCGGAUGAACACAGCUGCGAGAACCCAGCACAGUUUGGAGAAUCAGACUGUGACUCUUCUGAAGGGGAGUGUUCUGAUGCCACGGUCAGGACCAAUAAGCCCUGCAGCUCUGCUACUUGGAAGAGAAGAUGCUUCUCCUUCCCACCCCAGGAGUGAUUUGCAAUAACCCGAAUCUCUGGAAAAUGUCCAAAUGAAAUUAAUUCUCUUUGAGCAUUUCAAUCAAGAAUGGCAGGGAUGUAUUUUAUUGAAUAAUCUAGUUACUGUAACAUGGAUAUUUAUUUUUUUGACAUUUUAACACUUUUUACUGUAAAGAGUGGAUUGUAUUUAUAGACACAAAGACUUGUUGCAAAAAAAAAAAAAAGUUCAGAAAGCAAGCACAUUACAGAGAAACAUCCUGGGAGUCCUGCCUGGACAGCUUUGUGUACAGACGCGGGAGGAUUCUCUUGCUGCUUUCACAGGGGACCAGGCCUCGUGGCCCUGAAGAUUGGAGAACAGAUCAAGAAAACUGAACCACUCAGUCUUAU